AGGGGGCGUGGCACUCGGAGUGCCGCUGCAGCUCUCGUGGUGGAGGAGCCAUGAGCGAGACGGGCCCGCGCGAGCGCUGCGGGGCGCUUCUCACUUGGAUGCAAACAUUUCAUGUUCCAUCUCCAUGUGCCAAGGAAGAGGAUCUGGCCAGUGGGGUCACAGUUGCUCAGGUGCUGCACAAGAUAGACCCCUCUUGGUUCAAUGAAACAUGGCUCUUGAGAAUUAAAGAUGAGGCUGCUGACAACUGGAGGCUGAAGGUGAGCAACCUGAAGAAGGUCCUGCAGAGUGUGGUGGAAUAUUCCCAGGAUGUCCUGGGCCACCAAGUCCCAGAGCAGCUGCUGCCUGAUGUAGCCCUGAUUGGGGAACUGUCUGACACGGCUGAGCUGGGCAAAUUGCUGCAGCUGGUGCUAGGCUGUGCCAUCGGCUGUGAGAGGAAGCAAGAUCACAUCCAGCAGAUCAUGACCCUGGAGGAGUCUGUGCAGCACGUUGUUAUGACAGCAAUACAGGAGCUGUUGACCAAAGAUUCACCAGACACACUGAGCUCAGAGACGUAUGGGAACUUUGACAGUCAGUCCCGUAAGUACUACUUCCUCAGUGAUGACCUGGAGGAGACGGAUGACAUGCAGCAGCGCUGCCAUGACCUGGAGCAGCAGAUCUCCAUCCUGAUGGAAGAAAAGAAUACGUUGGCUUUGGAGAACAAGACCCUUCGGGAGCAGAAAAGCUCUCUGGAGUUGGAUGCUGCUGGGAUUACUGGCAAGAAGUUGCUUCUGCUUCAAACCCAAAUAGAGCAGCUGCAAGAAGAGAACUUCCGACUGGAAAGCAGCAGGGAUGACUUCCGGGUGCGCUGUGAAGAUCUAGAGAGAGAGGUUCAGGAGCUGCAACACCGCAACGAAGAGCUGACCAGCCUGGCAGAGGAAGCACAAGCGCUUAAAGAUGAAAUGGAUGUGCUCCGCCACUCGUCAGAUAGGGUGGGGCGGCUGGAAGCCAUGGUAGAUUCCUACAAAAAGAAGCUGGAAGACCUGGGUGACCUGCGACGGCAGGUCCGGCUGCUUGAGGAGCGGAAUACUGUCUACAUGCAGCGCACUUGUGAACUGGAGGAGGAGUUGCGACGAGCCAAUGCUGUACGUGCACAGCUGGAAACACACAAAAGACAGGUGCAGGAACUUCACAGCAAACAUGCAGAUGAAGCCUUGAAGGCAGAGAAAUGGCAGUUUGAGUUCAAGAACCUCAAGGAGAAGUUUGAGGCACUGAUAAAAGAAAAAGAGAGGCUGAUUGAAGAGCGGGAUGCCCUUCGGGAGGCCAAUGAAGAGCUGCGAUGUGCUCAGGUGCAGCAAAAAUUCUUAAGCCAAGCAGAUACUAUGCGAGAAGAAAUUGCUCCUCCUGUGGAUAACUUGGCAGCUGAGAUUAUGCCAGCAGAACUCAAGGAGACCAUUGUGCGACUGCAGCAUGAGAACAAAAUGUUAUGUGUGCAAGAAUUGUCUUACCGGCAACAGCAGGCUGAAUUGCAGGGGCUGCUGGAAGAAUCAAACCGCACCAAAAACCAGCUGGAGGCACAGCAAAGACUUAGCCAGCAACAGAUAUCUGAGCUCAAGGCACAAGUGGAGGAGCUCCAGCGGGCCCUUCAGGAGCAAGGAAGCAAGGCAGAAGAUUCUUCUUUGCUGCAAAAGAAACUGGAAGAACACCUAGAAAAACUGCAUGAGGCCCAUGCAGAGCUUCAGAAGAAGAAGGAAUGCCUUGAUGAACUGGAGCCCAAGGUGGACAGCAACACUGCCAGGAAGAUUGAUGAGCUACAGCAGUCGUUGAAGAAGAAGGACGAAGACAUGAGAGCCAUGGAGGAGCGAUACAAACGCUAUAUGGACAAGGCAUGCACGGUCAUCAAGAAGCUGGAUCCCAAGCAGCAGCCUCAUGUAGUUCCUCUGGAAAUCCAGGCUUUGAAGAACCAGCUGCAGGAAAAGGAUAAGAAAAUAAGCCACUUAGAGACCGAUUUUGAGAAGACAAAAUCCCAACAAGAGCAAGAAGAAAAGCUGAUCAUCACUGCCUGGUAUAAUAUGGGCCUGGCAUUGCACCAACGAGCUACAGAAGACCGAUCCUCCACCCCUCCGACUGUCCAGUCCUUCUUGGCCCAGCAAAGAUUGGCCACCAGUGCUCGACGGGGCCACCUGAGCCGAGCUCAGCCCUUGCUGCUUCGCUACAUUGGUGCGGACAAGCCUUCUCAAUUAUCGUGAUCUGAGAAAGUGUAUGCGCUGGAGGCAAUGUUUCCGAAGGGAGUGGAAACUGUGCUUCUGUUUCCCGUGCAAUGGUACUUAUUUGGCAACUCCAGUUUCCAUUCACACUAUUGAAACUCUCUGCUGUUCAGGAUUCCUCCUAAGUGGAGGACGAGCACUUUUGUUUCUAAAACGGAAAGCAUCUUUAGCAACAAAGAGCUCAGUUUACCUGCAUAUUCCCCCUCCCACCACAGCUGGCGACUGUUACAAGCAGGGUGACGAGGAGGCAUCCUUUGCUGCCCCUCUUGAUCCCCCCUCUUAAAUUCUGGUUUUGUACGUGGCUUCUGGUUGCCCGUGUUACUGCCAUUUUUGAAACACGCGUUUCCCAGGGAUCCCACCUGCACAGGGUACAGAGAGGACAUUUUCUGUUCAUGGUAGUUCUGAUUUUCCCUGCCGGACAAGUGGGGAUAGCAGAGCCUCUCCAGGUGUGUUUUGGGGACGAAGGCUUCUCUGAUCUUGGUCCAUGAGCUGAAUGACUCCUUUUGAAACCUGAGAUGUGCCCUCCAAACACUGGGCUGUAGUUCUGGUCAUGUCUCACCAAUGGCUGUGCCUGGUGGAGUCGAUGGAAAUUGGAGUACAUCCACUAUGGGAGAACCACAGGUUGCCCACCUCUGCUUCCACGGAUAAUGCCCACCUGCUCGAACUAGCUCCCCCCACCCUACCCACACUACGGUGCCCGAGGCACAUUGGACAGAGCUUUGCUUAGUGGCUUAUCACUCCCUUCUAAGAAGGGACUGGGCCUUGGCACAAAAACCAGGAACAUUUUAAACUAUGAACAUGAAUUGGGCUCUAGAUUUAGGUGGGUGAGGAGAGCUGGUGGUCCUGCCCAUCGAUAGCUUCUGUGCACACCUUUAACUGUUCUGUCCUUACAGCAAUAUUUAGAGUGCGGUGCUUUUUUCAAAAUGGUGUUACUCUGUCUCUCCUGCUAGUCUUUCCUUCUUGGAUCAUAUUCCCAUUCUGGGAGGAUUUGUAAGAUGUGGUGUCCUUUUAAAAUUUGUUCUUUAAAGUUUGAUUUUUUAUUUUAGUAAAGGUCAUAGUUUUAAUGCUGUAAAUGAUAUACUUUGUAAAGCUCUCUUGUUCAUCCAGGUCGGUACCUCUGCCUCUUUAUUUUUCUAUUGGACAGAAACCUGGCAUACAGUGAUGUAGCAGGGUAUGUCUUACACUACAAAUAAAAAGGCCAUUAAAUCUUU